AUGCCACACUCUCACCAUUACAAACGGAGAGGAACUACCAGAGGAAGGAGUUCACACUGCCACAGUCAUGAGCUCCUAGAAGGAACAUUUGAUAGUCCUGUGGCGCCAACAUGCGAACCACUGCACGAACAUCUUUGGUUGGAUGAGGCGGGAAAUGAGAAAGAUUUCGGUGGAUUUCGAUUUUGUCCCGUUUACUCUUCAACACAUUCCAUCCACUCAAUAUGGCGUCCCGUGAGGCAACCAUCGCGUGAGAGUCGCUCCAUUUUUGAGAAUGAGAGCAGACCACCGUGCCCAAUACAUAAGCGUCCAGCUAGUGUUGGCUCGCGAAGCUCUCAUACUGCGAUAUUGGAUGAUGAUGUUGUUGUAGUUGAACCAGAGCCGGAACCACAUUGCCAACCAGUUCAUGAGUCCGCAUCAAGGCAUUCUGCGCAUUCCAAGCGCUCAAAACGUUCCAGAAGUCAUUCUAUUCUCAAUCAAAGGUCUCUAAAUGAAGAUAAACAACCAGAAGAGGGCCUCACACCUCUAUCACAGAAUAAUUCGAAGUGUUCUGUUCAUUCGAAGGCUAGUAGAUCAAGUUCGUCCUAUUCCACUGGAAUAAGCCUUAGUUCCGUACAAGACUACGACUACAAUGGGAGAGCCGUGUCUUUAUACAGGAUUCUGAAGGACUUCUCAGACAAGUAUCCCCGUCUCUCUCUGUUUCUUGCCAUUCUAGUUUUGGUCUAUUUCUUCAUUAAUCAAGUAGACCUCACGAUAGCCCACAUGUUCGAAAGCUUUGUGAGGAUUAUAUAUCCUGCUAGUCAUUAUAUGGCUGUCACAAAUGAACAGUUUUUUGCUAGACUUUCGAGAAUGGCCACCAGAACCGACGAGGUUAUGGAGGCAUUCUACUGCGACUUUGCACGAACUUGGUGUCAACGAUUUGAAUUGAUGUGCGAUGUACGCUGUUCAUUUGUUGAACAAACCCUACAACGAAUUCGCAAACAUCCACACUGA